AUGGCUGUUGACGCCGAAAAGGCCCCUCCUGUGGGCGAUGUCCCCGUCCUUGUCGAUGGGAAAAGAGCUUCACUCAGAGCUGGCAGCAUCGAUGACGUCCAGAUAAUGGAUCAACUGGGCUACAAGCCUGAGUUGAACCGCAACCGAUCCAUGGCCACGCUGCUGUUCCAAUCGCUGGCCAUUGCUGCCAUCCCCUACGGAGAGGGUGGUCCUUUGAUUUCGGCCAUCUAUGGAGGAGGGCCGCUGGCCAUGUUCGUUGGUUGGAUCGUCGUUCUCGUCCUAGACGAGUGCAUAGCUCUUUCGCUCAGCGAGCUGGCUUCGAAGUAUCCUACGUCGGCGGGACCUUAUUACUGGUCUUUCCAGUUGGCAACAAAGGGGAAAACUGCACUGUCGUUCAUCACUGGCUGGACAUGGCUCGUGGGCAAUUGGACCAUCACGCUUUCGGUCAAUUUUGGAUUUGCUUCGCUCAUUGUUGCAUCGGUGGCGAUGUAUCAUCCCGACUGGGUUGCAAAGGACUGGCAGUUGCUCCUGAUAUUCUACGCUAUCUGCCUUAUGACGCUGGUCAUUUGUGCGCUCGCAAAUCGAUUCCUCCCAGUGGUCGACACGAUCUGCGCGGCCUGGACGGCUGUGAGCAUCAUUAUCAUCUUGAUUGCUCUCUCUGUCAAAGCUGAUGUCGGUCGGCAUAGUGCUAGCUAUGCGCUAGGCCACUACGACAAGUCGUUUUCGGGGUGGGGAGGCUUCACAUUCUUCAUCGGUCUCCUGCCGGCGGCAUACACGUUCAGCGCCAUCGGGAUGAUUUCAGCGAUGGCGGAAGAAUGUGCAAACCCUACGGUCAAAGUGCCGACGGCUAUCAGCCUUUGCGUUCCUGUCGGCGGUGCCGCCGGCCUGUUCUUCAUUCUGCCCAUCUGCUUCACACUCCCUCCACUGGAAGAUGUCAUUGCGGCACCCUACGGCCAAGCGCUACCUUACAUCUUCCACACUGUCAUGGGCACGUCCGGUGGUGGUCUCGGCCUGAUAUUCCUGGUUCUGAUGAUCACCAUGUUUUGCAGCAUCAGCAUCACCGUGGCCGCCUCCCGAUGCACCUGGGCCUUUGCCAGGGACGACGCCAUGCCCCUUGCCAGUGUCUGGGCGCGAGUUGACAGACGUCUGGGUGUACCUCUUUACGCUCUCAUUCUCACCACCGUGGUGCAAAUGUUGCUCGGUUUGAUCUAUCUGGGUUCUUCAUCAGCUUUCCUCGCCUUCGUGUCAGUCGGCGUUAUUGCACUGGCAGUAAGCUACGCCAUUCCGAUAGCAAUCAGUGUUGUGCACCGGCGGAAGGAGGUAUCUACUGCUCGCUGGACUUGUGGCCCGAUUAUCGGUCCCAUUGCGAACGGCAUUGCCCUGUGCUGGAUUGGCUUCGAGGUGGUGCUUUUCAGCAUGCCCACGGCCUUGCCUGUCACGGUAGUGACGAUGAACUAUGCUAGCGUCGUGUUCGUCGGCUUCAUGUUCAUCUCGGCGGUAUGGUACGCAGUCCACGCCCGAAAGGUGUACAAGGGACCUCCCGCGUCCGACGGUAUCGCAGCGGACUGA